CGGUUUAGGACGCAGCCACAGAAAGAGCGCGAGCACCUGGGCGACGUCACUCCGCCCCACUUUGUCCUCGAGCGAGCUGCACUUCCUCCAGUGCACAACGAGACAGCAGGCGCAGGGGAGCGGGGAAGACAAAAACCUCUCUAUUGGAAGAGCGGUUGUGUGUGAGCAGUCACCAUGGCCCCCUUCCUGAGGAUCACCUUUAAUGCCUAUGAAUUUGGUGUCUUGUCUCCCGUGGCCGAAGCGCCGUUCUGUGCAGUCAAGCUGAAGGAGUCGCUUACCACAGACCGAGGGAAGACGCUGAUUCAGAGGAAGCCUACCAUGUUUCCUGCUUGGCGCUCCAGUUUUGAUGCACAUAUUUAUGAAGGACGCGUCCUCCAGGUUCUGCUUAUGCGCACUGCUGACGAGCCGUUAGCAGAAGUCACACUUGGUGUGUCUGUUCUAGCAGAGCGGUGCAAGAAAGCCAAUGGCCGUGCAGAGUUUUGGGUUGAUCUGCAACCUUCAGGAAAAGUGAUGAUGUGUGUUCAGUAUUUCCUGGAAGAUAUGGACGCAGAGUUUCGUCAUUCGGUGGGGACAGAGGAAGAAGCUCCGAAUCUAAAUCGGCGUCGGGGAGCCAUUAAACAGGCCAAAGUUCACUUCAUCAAAAACCAUGAGUUCAUCGCCACCUUCUUUAGACAACCCACUUUUUGCUCUGUGUGCAGAGAUUUCGUCUGGGGGUUGAACAAGCAGGGAUACAAGUGUAGACAAUGCAAUGCAGCCAUUCAUAAGAAGUGUAUUGAUAAAAUCAUUGGCAGAUGCACUGGCACAGCGGCCAAUAGUCGUGACACUGUGUUUCAGAAGGAGCGCUUUAAAAUUGACAUGCCACACCGCUUUAAGACCUACAACUACAUGAGCCCCACCUUUUGUGACCACUGUGGGAGUCUGCUGUGGGGUCUUGUCAAACAGGGACUGAAGUGUGAGGACUGUGCUAUGAAUGUACAUCAUAAGUGCCAGACUAAAGUGGCCAACCUUUGUGGAAUCAACCAGAAACUAUUGGCUGAGGCUCUCACUCAAGUCAGCCAGAAGUCCACGAAGAAGUCUGAAGCGAACACACAGGAUCCUGGAGUUUACCAAGACUUCAACAAAAGCCCAGGACCUGAUGUUUCUGAUGGCCCUCUAUAUAGUCAUGUCUGGGAAGGGUCAAGUCCUCAUCCCCCACCUCGGAUCACGCACCAAACACGCAUCACAGCCGAGCAGUUCACCUUUCAUAAAGUCCUGGGCAAGGGAAGCUUUGGCAAGGUGUUUUUGGCCGAGUUAAAGAACAGUGGGGAAUGGUUUGCGGUGAAAGCUCUAAAGAAAGAUGUGGUGUUGAUGGAUGAUGAUGUAGAAUGCACCAUGGUGGAAAAGAGGGUGCUGGCUCUGGCCUGGGAUAAUCCAUUCCUUACACACCUCUACUCCACAUUUCAGACCAAGGAGCACUUGUUCUUUGUGAUGGAGUAUCUGAAUGGAGGAGACCUGAUGUUCCAUAUACAGGAAAAAGGACGUUUUGACCUCUACAGAGCCACAUUCUAUGCAGCUGAAAUUGUAUGUGGAUUACAGUUCCUGCAUGGAAAAGGGAUCAUCUACAGGGAUCUGAAGUUGGAUAAUGUAAUGCUAGAUGGAGAGGGUCAUAUAAAGAUUGCUGAUUUUGGCAUGUGUAAGGAGAAGGUCUUUGGAGACAAUUUUGCCACGACAUUCUGUGGAACCCCAGACUACAUUGCCCCAGAGAUCUUAUUAGGUCAGCAGUAUUCAUUCUCUGUGGACUGGUGGUCAUUUGGUGUGCUGGUGUACGAGAUGCUGAUUGGUCAGUCCCCAUUUCAUGGUGAUGAUGAGGAUGAACUGUUCGAGUCAAUCCGCAUGGACACACCUCACUACCCCCGAUGGAUCCCAGUGGAAACCAGAGACAUGCUAGAGAGGUUGUUUGAGCGGGACCCUUCUCGCCGUUUGGGUAUUGUGGGUAAUAUCCGAGCUCAUCUGUUCUUUAAGUCCAUUAACUGGUCUGCUUUAGAGAAGAGAGAAAUCGAACCCCCUUUCCAGCCGCAAGUGAAAGCUGCCAAUGACUGCAGUAACUUUGACCGGGAAUUUUUAAGCGAGAAGCCCCGCCUCUCUCACUGUGAGAAAGGUUUGAUUGACUCAAUGGACCAGAGCGCCUUUGCUGGCUUCUCAUUCAUUAAUCCAAAAAUGGAGCACCUCUUGCAGAAGUGACGGACGAUACACCUCCGUUACUUCGCAUGUGAGGAAAUGGUCUAGUGCGGUUAUAAUGUUAGCGUUUAGAGCCAAAAUGUUUCUGUCACAAACAGGUCCACUAGCUCUACUUUCUCAGUAUAAGGUUUUCGAAUCAUGGAUAUUUAGACUGCAACAUGUUAGUUAAAUGAAUUUUAAACACUGAAGCGUUGCAUCACGUUCCUUCAUUAAGAUAGGUGGUUUGGAGGUGAUAACUAGACCUCCAGGUUAGGUAUUCCAUUUUUUGGCACACCCUUACAAAGUCUAUGUAGACUUAGCUUUAUUAAGUUAGUUCUUUUGUCAACAGUAACCCAUUUAUUACUUCAUUAAUCAUGUGUGCAUAAACACUGAUAAUGUUUUUAAAGACAUAAGGUUAGAUGUUUGGAUGAAUAAAAAAUUGAAGGGAGGAGGAAAGGACACAAGCAUUUAGAUUAUUAUACGUGAAGGUUACUAGGCUCUUUUGUGGUGUUGUAUAGCAUUGUGCUAUGAGUUUGUAACUUUAUGUAUAUGUGCAUAUGGUGUAUGUCAUGUUGUGCAAACAGAUUCAGUCCUUGUGUACGUGUGUAUUAUUAGGAAUUAAGUAAAUAAAACCAUGGAUUUUAAUAUGUAUAAUAAGCAAGCAUGUUUGCGCACAUGUCUAACCUUAACAUAAGCACAACAUGAGUGUGAGUCUUAUACUGUAACCUGUAAAUUAUGAUGUGUGUGUGUGUGUGUGUGUGUAUAUAUAUAUGUAUAUAUCUAUCUGGUAGAGACGCUCUUGGCUUGUUGUAUAUGCAUAUUGUUGCAUUUAAAUUUAGUUUAUUAUCUGCCAUUAAACAUGAGCACAUGAUCAAUCAUAAAA